ACGAAGUAACAACCACUCGACGCCGAAAGCCAACCUGUGCUUACGCUCUUCGUCUCCGACCGUCUUUUGUCCGUUAAAAAAGGCUUUACUUUUCGCGUCUUUACCGAUAACAGCGUUUGAUCAAGGAAACGACGGCCGGCUCGCCGUCUCACGACCGUGUCACCCACAUACAUCUGGAGCCGUAAUCCAGUCUUCUUCGUCCACUGUCUCCGAUCGAACCCUUCGAAUCGGUCUUGUACGCGUCGAUUCCCUAUGGGAUCACCAAAGGCGUCGGUCGCUACUCUCCCUCUCAUCUUGGACGUAGAAGAUUUCAAGGGAGAUUUCUCGUUUGAUGCGUUGUUCGGCGGCUUAGUGAACGAGCUCCUUCCGUCGUUCCAAGAGGACGACGUGGAUGCCGCCGAUGGCGCAGGUGGGCAGGACAUGUUUCCAAAUGGGACUCUGCGGGGCCCGCAGGGGGCGGCGACUCCAAUGUUUCCGGCGGUGGAGGAGCUCCUUGCUCUUUUCAAGGAUUCCUGCAAGGAGUUGGUCGAUCUCAGGGAGCAGAUCGAUGGGAGACUCCAGAAUCUGAAAAAGGAUGUAGAAAUCCAAGAUUCAAAGCACCGCAAGACACUUGCUGAGCUGGAAAAAGGUGUAGAUGGUUUACAUCAUAGCUUUCAGAGGCUGGACACAAGGAUUUCCAGUGUGGGACAGACUGCUGCCAAGAUUGGGGACCAUCUGCAGAAUGCAGAUUCUCAGAGGAAAACUGCUAGUCAAACCAUUGAGCUUAUUAAGUACUUAAUGGAGUUCAACAGCAGUCCUGGUGACCUCAUGGAACUUUCAUCUUUGUUUUCGGAUGACAGUUGUGUUGCUGAGGCUGCUUCAAUUGCACAGAAAUUACGAUCAUUUGCUGAAGAGGAUGUUGGAACACAUGGAAUAAAUAUGCCCUCACCAAUGGGUGCUGCAAAUGCUAGCAGAGGUCUUGAAGUUGCAGUUGCAAAUCUUCGAGACUAUUGUAAUGAGUUGGAGAAUAGAUUGUUGUCACGGUUUGAUGCAGCAUCACAGAGACGAGAAUUAUCUACAAUGGCAGAAUGUGCCAAAAUUUUAUCUCAGUUUAACAGGGGGACUAGUGCCAUGCAACGUUAUGUAGCAUUGAGACCAAUGUUUAUUGAUGUAGAGGUCAUGAACACAGAUAUCAAUUUAGUUCUGGGUGAUCAGGGUUUACAAGCUGGUGCUAACAACAUUGCACGAGGUCUUUCUACUUUAUACAAAGAGAUAACAGAAACUGUGAGAAAAGAGGCAGCAACCAUAAUGGCUGUCUUUCCAUCACCCAAUGAUGUCAUGUCAAUUCUUGUGCAGCGGGUUUUAGAGCAGAGAGUAAGUGCAAUUCUAGAUAGAUUAUUAGAAAAGCCAUCCCUUGUGAACUUACCACCUGUCAAUCAAGGUGGCCUUCUUCUGUAUUUAAGAAUAUUUGCACUGGCAUAUGAGAAGACAGAAGAUCUUGCUAGGGAGUUACAAUCUGUUGGUUGUGGAGACUUGGAUGCUGAAGGUCUUACAGAAUCACAGUUUCUUUCGCACAAAGAUAAAUAUCCAGAAUACGAGCAAGCUUCUCUAAAUCAGCUGUAUCAAUCGAAGUUGGAGGAGCUGCGUGCAGAAGCCCAGCAACAAUCUGAAUCAAUGGGGACCAUCUCACGUUCAAAAGCAUCUAUAAGUCCAUCUGCAAGCCAACAGAUAUCUGUUACUAUAGUAACAGAAUUUGUGCGGUGGAAUGAAGAAGCAAUAUCCAGAUGUACUUUAUUCUCUUCACAGCCAGCUACUCUUGCAAGUAACGUAAGAUCGAUGUUUGCCUGUUUAUUGGAGCAAGUUAGCCAGUAUUUAACUGGGGGACUUGAACGGGCCAGGGAGAGUUUGAAUGAAGCUGCAGCUUUAAGGGAUAGAUUCGUUAUUGGAGCAAGUGUCAGUAGAAGGGUCGCUGCAGCAGCUGCUUCUGCUGCCGAGGCUGCUGCUGCUGCUGGUGAGAGUAGUUUCAGAUCGUUCAUGGUUGCUGUGCAACGGUGUGGUAGUAGUGUGGCAAUACUUCAGCAAUAUUUUUCAAAAGUUAUCUCUCGGCUCCUACCUCCUGAUGCUCAUGCAGCCUCCCUUGAAGAGAUGGGCACAGCUGUCUCUAAUGUUGAGGGUGCUGCUCAGAAGGGCCUUCAACAGUGUAUCGAUACUGUCAUGGCUGAGGUUGAGCGAUUGCUAUCUUCAGAACAGAAGACCACAGACUACCGUUCACCUGACGAUGGAAAUGCUCCUGACCACCGACCGACAAAUGCCUGCAUGAGAGUUGUAGCCUACUUGUCUCGUGUCCUUGAGUCUGCAUUCAGUGCUCUAGAAGGUCUCAACAAACAGUCAUUUUUGACAGAUCUGGGAAAUCGCUUGCAUAAGGGGCUACUUAGCCACUGGCAGAAGUUCACUUUUAGUCCAAGUGGUGGACUGCGGUUGAAGCGUGACAUCACCGAGUAUGGGGAAUUCGUACGCAGCUUCAAUGCUCCUUCCAUUGAUGAAACCUUUGAAUUGUUGGGCAUAAUGGCAAAUGUCUUCAUUGUGGCACCUGAAAGCCUUGCUUCCCUAUUUGAGGGUACUCCAAGCAUCAGAAAAGAUGCGUCGAGGUUCAUUCAACUUAGAGAUGACUUCAAGACCGCUAAACUCACAGCUAUGCUUAACAGUUUUAUGUCGGACUCGUAGUGUAGAAAUAGCGGAGGUAGAGAUUGGUCACCAUGUUUCAGUUUAAGUUUACUUGUUUGCUAACCCGAGCAGUUUGAAACGUCGAUUACUAGCUUGUUAGUAGUAAAUUGUAAUCACACUCAGUUCCUUCUAGUAUUCAUUGUAAUUAUUUUGGCUACUUCGAGUUAAUUUUGAACUGAUAGUGUAUGUUUACU